AAUUUCAAUGACUUUCCUUGAGUUCUAUUUAGUACUGUAUGAUUUUGCGUAUGGUGAAUUCAAAUUCAAACGUUAUCAUUUAAAAUAUACAUUGGAUUCAAGUUUAAAUAAUUGGAAAAUCUAAACUUCCUUUUCCAUCUGAAAUUUGUUCAGAUUGGUUAAAUUAAAAAGUCUUGGAAUUAAUUUUUAUUACAAGAUGGUGAAAAUUAUUUCAUUAAUUUAAACUUUCUUUGAUAAAAAAAUAGAUAAAAUUUAACUGAAUAUUUACUAUGACAAGUAGUGAAUGUAAAAGUAGAAUUAACAGUACAGUUGAAUGUCCUGUAACAUUUGGGAAUAAUAAUAAUCAAAAACAAAUAAGUAUUGGCCGUCCACCAAGUUCAAUAAGUCUAAUAACUGAUCAAUUAAAAUUAUCCAGUUUAAAUGAACGUGAUCCAUGUAUGACAAUGCGAAUGAUGAAAAUGACAGUUGGAGUAAUGCCAACAAUAACAACAACUAGUAAAUCAAUGAAUACAGGACAACAUAAUAUCAAUUGUGAAUAUUAUGGUUUGAAGACAAUAAAUGAAACAAGAAAUGCUUCUUCAAUGCCUAUACACUCUGUUAUUGGUUUACAAAUGAAACGUAAUAUCACUAGUAAUGAUAAUGAUAGUACAAUUAUUAACAAUACAGAUUGGAGAAGUGGAUCAAAAGAUUAUCAUCAUUCGCGUACUGUACACUUUCAUGAUGUAUUUACGCCAAGCUCUAGUGUUUGUUCUUCUCUCAAGUCUACUAUAUCAGAAUUUGAAGAUGGAAGUGAAAUAAUUAAUCUUGAGCCGAAUUCGUCUUCUCUCCAUCUCUUAUCUGCAAGUGCUCCAGCUACAAAUUAUUCAUUAAAUUCUAUGUCAAAUCUAUCAAAAUUCAACGAAAUACAAUCUUGUCAUCAACAUUAUCAUCAUAUAGAUCAUCCCUAUCAUCCUCAUCUCCAUCAUCAUCAUCAUCGUCAUCACCACCGUCAUCAUCAAAUUAAUAAUAAUAAUAACAAUACCGCUACACCUUCAACAUGUACAUUCAACUUUUCAUCAGCUUCAUUUCCUUGUUCUGUAGAUGAUAAAGUUGACCAUAUGAAUGUACUAAUUAAUCAAUUUAAUGUACCAUGUAAAACAGUAUGUUCGUCUCCGUUUUCUUCCUCUUCUUCAUCAACAUCAUGUUACUUUUGUUCAGUUUGUUGUUCUUGUUGUCUAUUUGAAGUAAAUAAUUCUUCAUAUUCACAUAUUCAACACUUACAUGACCGUUUACCACCAGCAAAACGUGUUUGUCGUUCAACAAGUUCAAGUUCUGAUAUACAUUCACAGACAUCUUCAUCAUAUGGUUAUUCCUGUCGUCCGUUUCCAUUUAUAAUAUCAUCUUGUUUAUGUUCUUCAUCUUCUCACAUACCACCACCGCCGUCAUCAGUCUCAUCUUAUCGUCAUUGUGAUAGAUGUAAUAAUAACAAUAAUGGCAAUAAUAAUAACAAUCAACAUAGUUCUUCAGCCAUGUUGAAAACAAUGCAAUCAUAUAUGAGGACUCUUCCACGACCAAUUGCAGUACGAUUAGAUUCAAAAAUGGCAUAUAAUGAAAGGUCAAAAAGUUGCACUAAUAUGGAUAACGUCAAAUUAUUAAAUUCUAAUGACAAUAAUGCUAAUAAUGGUGGUGGUACCUUACGAAAUAAUAAUAAUACUCCUAAUAAUCAUGGUGUUAUUCUACGUCCAAAACCAUCGGAUUUAAUCUCUUCUAAUAAAAUGAAUAAUGGAUCACGUAUUAGUUGGCAUCAUCCAUUGUUUAACUUUGGUUCUGGAGCUGCUCAAACUAAGUGUAGCAAUAAUAAUGGUAAUAAUUUAUCUUCACAAGCUGAAGUUAAUGAAGUCACUAUGCAACAUAAUAACUCUCCUACAGACUUUCCACAAACACAUUCAGAUAAUUUACAAAAAUCUAUUCGUCUACGUAAUCGAACUACACAUAGUAAUAGCAGCGGUGGCAGCAGUAUUAAUAAUAAUAAUAGUAAUAGUAAUAAUAAGAGUCAGUUUGAUCGUGUUCAUCAUCGUCCAAGUCAUAUAGAAAUUAAAAAUUCACACGACUCUUCAUUGUCAAUUCAUGCAUUGCCUAGUCCUUCAUCAGCAUUCACACCAACCAGGGCAUCAUUUGGUAGUUUCCCAAUGGAUGUUAACUUUUCCGAAUUUUCACUUUCUCCUACUACUGAGUCAAUAUCUUCGUCAAUUCAAAUAACUACUCGGACUCCUUCAUCUGGAUUUUAUGAAGCUUCAUUUUUCGGCUUGUCUGAAGCAUCUAGUUUACCAGAUUGUUCGAGAUUUGGUGUAUCUUCAGAUUCUGGGCCAAGUUCUAAUCAUCAUUGCAAUUGUGAUUGUCAUCAACGUCGUCAACAUUAUCAUCACCAUCAUAGACGAAAUCAAACAAACACAUCAAUCGAUAUUAAGUCACUAAAUCAAUCUGGUGAUAUGUCAAGUAAACUGACAGAUUUAGAACCAUGCUUUAAAUUAGAAGAUAGUGAGCCUAAUAUUAAUGAUAAUCAUCAGAGUAGAAAUGUUAGUAGUAGCAGUAGCAGUAAUAGUGAUAGUAGUAGUUAUUGUUGUAGUUAUUCUUUACCAUCAGUGAAAUGUAUGCUUCGAUGUUGUUCACAGCCUAAUGAUGAUACAAUUUAUGAUAUUAAUUAUCGACAUUCACCUCAUUGCUCUAGAACCGGGAAGCAUAUACAUCAAUCACCUACUACUACCACUACUAAUACUAACACGUCUACAUUUUUCACUACUAUUUCUACGACUGCAAUGAUGAUGACGACGAAGACAUCAACAACAACUUCCAGUAAUAUCACCAUCGCUAACACAGCAGCUGGAUUAAAACGUAGACGUGGACCAAGUGGUGAAUGUAGUAAUCAAUAUUAUAGGGAUACUGAUUUUCACAAUGAAUCCAAUAAUUAUCAUCAUCACAUUCAUGAGGAGGAGAGGAAGCAAUUAUUGCCACAUGAGGAAUUACCACCUUGUAAUUGUUGUAUGUUUAAAAGAACAAUAGACCAAUUAAAAAACAAUUAUGAUGGUCAAUCAUUGUCUGACAUUGAACAUCUAAAUUAUAUAUCUACAAUUUUAUCAAAUAGUAGAUUAGAUGAUAACUUAGACUGUCACCAUCGGCAUCACUAUCAUCAACAUCAUCAGUAUGCUUUUCCGUGUCAUGAUGUACAGCGGCAUUCAAUAUUUCCGUCCACUGAUCAACAAUCAUCAAUGAUUCCUUCGUAUUCUUGUUCUUCUUCUUUUGCCGCCUCGAAAUGUUUGUCCAUGUUUGAUGCAAAUAAAUAUCAAGAUAAUGCCACUUUAAUUGAAUCUGAUGUAAAUGAUGAGUAUUAUCACUGUUUGUCUUCUACUGCAUCAUCAAUAAAGCACUGUGCACAGUCUAAUUUGAAAAAUACUACAUUGAUGACAGAUAAUAAUGAAAAUGGUAAAAUUACUGAAACUUUAGACGAUAAUUCAUGUUCCGUCGCCAGCUCUGUAGGAAAUCCAUGCUACAUAACGUCAUAUGCGGAUAAAAAUAAAUACAAUGUAAGUUCUAUAUAUUACGUCUCGUUUUGUUUGUUCUUUUCUGAAAAAUGAGAAUGUUUAAAAUCAUUUCCUUACUAUGAAAACUAUUACUAGUAUUAUAGUACUAGUGGUAGUUUUUUUCGAUUUCAGUAACUAGUGUCAAGCCAUAGUGAAUACCACAUAUACAUGAAACUAAUCUCUAUAAACUCUUCUAGAAAACAAUAGACAUUUGCUCACUAGUGAUUUACUUCGUGAAUGCAUACUGUCGAAGAGUCCCAAGUUAGGAUGAAACACCUGUUUGGUAUUUCAAAAAUCAGAUUUUAUUAGUAUGUAGAAUGUAUUUUACACAUUAUAAGUGUGUAAUGUUUUGAUAAAUGAAGAAGAUAUAUUAAUUGAUGCUUUCGGAUUUCAAGGGACUCAUCUCGUCUCUGAUAACCUGUCAGUUAGAUAUCCAAACUUUAUUUUAGAGAAAUUGACCUGUAUUCAUAGCCCUACAUUCGUCCACUCUCUAUUUUGUUUAUUCAUAACAUCCCUAAAAUUCGGGUUCUCCAACUGCCUCAUUGUUUUAUCCACUAUCGUCCCAGAUCUGCUCUUCGCAUAAUCACUUUGCAUUCUGAUGAAUAUAGUGAGAGUGAUCUUCCACCAUGGUGAUUGAAUCAUUCUAGUUUUCAAAUAAAAUUUUUAUGACCUCAGUCCAGACAUUUAUUGAUGAUACCGUGGAAAUCAUAUAUUUAAUUCAUUAGUAGUAAUUGAAUUAAAGCAGAGAAUUUAAGAUAGGAUUAACUAAAUAUGAUAAGCGUCCAAGUAAAAUGUUAUUGAUCGUUUCUCUAUCUAAGUCCAUAACUCACCUUCAGUAUAUAUAUAAUCGAAAAUGUUCAUUUUAUAAUUUUGUUUAGGCUUAUAAUAUCAACUGUGGACAGGAAUAUGAACAUUGUUCUAGUGUUUUUUCUGAAGAAAACUUUAUACAUCGUUACAUGCACAAUGAAUUAGGAAAACUUUAUGAAAUGACUGAAGAUGAAAAGGAACAUGAAACACCUGAAACAAUGAUUGAUGAAAAUAAUAGUAAUAAUGGUAGAAUAUCUGAGACAAAUUAUCAUCAUCCUAUAAUUUCACUGUCAUCGCCAUCAAUUCAUGAAAUUGCAUUUACCCCAAUUCAUUCAUCAACAAAUAUUGAAUGGGAUAAUUCAGAUGAUAGAAGUAGUGAUAGUUGUAGAAUACCGGCAUACAAUCAUCCAGAUGUGUUGUUAAACGAAUCAGUUGAUACAACUUUACAAGAUGAUAGUACUGGUAGACAAGUGUUACUUUUUACACCAUCAACGAGUUCAAACUCUGAUAGAGAAUCAGAUGACAUGAAAAGUAUUCUUUCUCCACAAACACCUAAUCGUCAACGUAUCUCUUCAGACAUUCUACAAAAAAAAUCAAAUAACAGCAAACAAACAUUGUCUUUCACGGAU